AUGGAGGUGUUUCAACCCACUGAGCGAGGAGUGGAGUGGAUGUUCAUUGGUGAGAGGGGUGUGGAGAGCGCAUGCUGAACAUGUGUGAGUGAGUGUGUGGACGUCUGAAUGUGUGAGCGGGAUUCUUUUUUAGCCCAUUUGCGACUGUGUGUCUAUGUGUGUGUGUGUGUGUGUGUGUGUGUGUGUGUGUGUGUGUGUGUGUGUGUGUGUGUGUGUGUGUGUGUGUGUGUGUGUGUGUGUGUGCUCAGCACGUGUGUCUGUGUGUUUGUGUGUGUGUGUGUGUGUGUGUGUGUGUGUGUGUGUGUGUGUGUGUGUGUGUGUGUGUGUGUGUGUGUGUGUGUGUGUGUGUGUGUGUGUCUGUGUGUGUUCAAGGUUGGGUCAAUCACUGCAAGAUGUGGAAGAAAGAGGACAAACUACAGUGAGGGUGUAUCCCAAAUGGUACCCUAUUAUGGCACCCAGCCCACAGGGUUCGGAUCAAAAGUAGUGCACUAUAUAGGGAAUAGGGGAUCCGUUCUGUCAGACAAUGAGUUCUUCAUUAGAGGGAUAGAGAACAACUCUGGUUGGACAAAGGAAAGAAAACACUGGACCGCUUUAGUGAAAGAAGUGCAGUUAAGAAGGUCAAGUCAAGUAAACUCAAGCAAACCGGAAAAUAAAAAUGCUGUUUCACUGUUGAAAAAACAGUCUGAGAAGAAAGAGAAACCAAGUCUGAGAGAAAAUGUCAUGGAGAGAGAGAGUAAAUAUGUGUACUGUUUGAGACAGUAUUUUUUUCAGCAGGGGGUGGGCAAUGGCGCUGUCUCCAACCAACAGUUUUAGAGGCCCCCCUCUUGGCCGUAGAGUCUCAGUUGUGCUGUUUUAAAGCUAAUUUCCUGCAAUUCUACACAUUUUGCCACAGGGCAAAAGUUUAGAGAAACAAUCGACCAUCCCCAAAAUUAUUUUCAAAAUGAUUGUUAUUAUUUUUAAGAAUAUUUUUGGGAGUGGCACUGCUAAAUUAAUAUAGGGGAAACACUGAAGAGAGAGAUGGCGAGAGAGGGCACUGUUGACAACCUUUACAAUCUUUUGGCAUCUCAUAGGUGAGCUGCAUGGGGGGUUUGGUUCCAGGAUAUUUCUGAAAGACUGUCUGAACAUCAUCUGUGCCUGCUGCCUGUCGGCGUAGCAACAACAGUGACAUGUUCUGGAACAUUCUCAUGUCAUGUGACAGAGCAGUAGAACGCUCCGGAACGUUCUCAAGAAGCCAAAUCUCCCAGCAUGCUUUGCUCUGCACGAGGGCUCUGAGAGGACACACAAACACACACACGGCCAGGCUUCAUUAACGAGCAGUAGACAGAACCUGGCGAUGCCGUCUCAUAACUGGCAACCCAGGCAGGUAAUUACAGGCUCUGGCCUGCCAUCAAAGACAUGACUGGCAUGGCUGGCUCAUCAGCUAGCGACGAGCUAACCCACUCUGACAAGACCUGGCACAGAGAGAGAGCUGAAAGAGAGGACGUACACACACAUACACUCAAACACACACUCACUCACAGCGUGAUAGGGAGAGAAACUCGCCUCCUCUGGGGAGAGAGUGUGUGUCCUCAGAGUUAGCUAGCUAGACUAAUCACUUACUGUAAGUUAAAGUGAUCCUAAAGCCAUCUUAAACCAAACACUGGGAGAGGGGAACGUGUCUGACACUGUUUAGGUGAGCUCGUAUCCUCUGCACAUGCCCAGUGGGUCAAAACAACAUUAUUCCUUCCUGGAUUUCAGUGUUUCAAUAGCCUGGUCCCAGAUCUGUUUGUGCUAUCAUUCCACUCCUUGCCACUCCAUGUCAUGCCAAUGUUUGGCACAUGACAGAGUACAAAGAGUGGAAUUUUAGCACAAACAGACUCGUACCCAGGCUAGUGUUUCAACAAACUCUGUCACUUUUACACAUUUACCAGGUCAGGAUGUUCUUGUCUUUCCUCUUUGCAGGCUAAUCAUUGACUGGUCUUACACAGUACUACUAAUGACUGGCACUGGGGGACCUUGGACCUACUCCACUAUGUACACAGUGGCAGUCACAGAUAGAGACGUCAGUGUGUUUGAGUUGUGGUCUACUAGCUAAACUUCUGAUGGACCAAAAGCUCAGUGUGUUGUUGACCAUGUAUUCUACAAUCAGUGAGAGGAAAGUGUCCCAGGUGUAUAGACCAACAGUCCCCGAGGAGGUGUCUGGUGUCUAAUUCCAGACCCUACUGUAACCUACUAUCACCGCUGUCAUUCACACCGCUCACUUUGUUUUGGUGGAAACAGACACAGCAAACUAGACCAGCUACUGAACUAGACCAGGUACUGAACUAGACCAGCUACUGUACUAGACCAGGUACUGAACUAGACCAGCUACUGAACUAGACCAGGUACUGUACUAGACCAGCUACUGUACUAGACCAGGUACUGAACUAGACCAGGUACUGAACUAGACCAGGUACUGAACUAGACCAGGUACUGAACUAGACCAGGUACUGAACUAGACCAGGUACUGAACUAGACCAGGUACUGUACUAGACCAGGUACUGAACUAGACCAGGUACUGAACUAGACCAGGUACUGUACUAGACCAGCUACUGAACUAGACCAGGUACUGAACUAUACCAGGUACUGUACUAGACCAGGUACUGAACUACAUUUUACAUUUACAUUUACAUUUUAGUCAUUUAGCAGACGCUCUUAUCCAGAGCGACUUACAGGAGCAAUUAGGGUUAAGUGCCUUGCUCAAGGGCACAUUUACGUCAUUUAGCAGACGCUCUUAUCCAGAGCGACUUGCCAAUUGGUGCGUUCACCCUAUAGCCAGUGGGAUAAUCACUUUACAAUUAUUUUUUUUGGGGGGGGGGUAGAAGGAUUACUUUAUCCUAUCCCAGGUAUUCCUUAAAGAGGUACUAGACCAGGUACUGUACUAGACCAGGUACUGAACUAGACCAGGUACUGAACUAGACCAGGUACUGUACUAGACCAGGUACUGAACUAAACCAGGUACUGUACUAGACCAGGUACUGAACUAGACCAGGUACUGUACUAGACCAGGUACUGAACUAAACCAGGUACUGUACUAGACCAGGUACUGAACUAGACCAGGUACUGAACUAGACCAGGUACUGAACUAGACCAGGUACUGAACUAGACCAGGUACUGAACUAAACCAGGUACUGUACUAGACCAUGGUACUGAACUAGACCAGCUACUGUACUAGACCAGGUACUGAAACUAAACCAGGUUACUGUACUAGACCAGGUACUGAACUAGACCAGCUACUGUACUAGACCAGGUAACUGAACUAGACAGGUACUGAACUAGACCAGGUACUGAACUAGACCAGGUACUGAACUAGACCAGCUACUGUACUAGACCAGGUACUGAACUAGACCAGGUACUGAACUAGACCAGGUACUGAACUAGACCAGGUACUGAACUAGACCAGGUACUGUACUAGACCAGGUACUGUACUAGACCAGCUACUGAAACUAGACCAGCUCACUGAACGAGACCAGGUACUGAACUAGACCAGCUACUGAACUAGACCAGGUACUGUACUAGACCAGUACUGAACUAGACCAGCUACUGUACUAGACCAGGUACUGAACUAGACCAGGUACUGAACUAGACCAGCUACUGAACUAGACCAGGUACUGUACUAGACCAGGUACUGUACUAGACCAGCUACUGAACUAGACCAGCUACUGAACUAGACCAGGUACUGAACUAGACCAGCUACUGAACUAGACCAGGUACUGAACUAGACCAGGUACUGUACUAGACCAGGUACUGAACUAGACCAGGUACUGAACUAGACCAGCUACAGAACUAGACCAGGUACUGAACUAGACCAGCUACUGAACUAGACCAGGUACUGAACUAGACCAGGUACUGUAGUCUACAUAGUGUAAGCUCAAGGGAGUGAGAGGGAAUUCACAUUAGAAGAAAAACAACUAAGAAAUUGGUGUUGACCUACAGUCCUUUACUGUAGCGACCGUUACACACGUCACCCGUUUCCAUAGUUUCAAUUGCCUGGCUACCCAGACUCCUUGCUCCGGCCAAGCGCUACGCCACGCCCACGGAUAUUAGUUUCUUCUCCACAAUGAGUCUGGAUCUGAGCACCUCCUUGACAAUUUCUAGAACGCAAACACAUUCUAACCGUUCUGAUUGGUCCCAGAAACCGACGGGUUGGGCCAGAGACAGAACACACGUGGGUAAAGCGGCGUUUUGAAAAUUCGUCCUUGGCUUUGAUAUUCUGAUUGGUUAGAGAUGAUCCAAUCGCUGCUGACUUUGUUUGUACAACACAGCUCAUUUUGUAGUCACCACAAACGACUUCAAUGAUGGCAGUCUCAGACUGAAGUACGUAGCGAACACAGAGGAGCAGAAGAAUUCAAACUGAGUCGUCAGGCAAUAGUUUCAACCCUAGAAGAGGAUAAUUAGGUUAAACUACAGAAAUAAGUCCCCAGCUUUGAUAUAAAGAGAUGAAUCCCUGAGGGUUGCCAGACAUUCUCCCCCUUCUAAUCACAAGAUAACAGGGGGAGGGCAUAACACUGAUGAUCUGGAAACCAUGGUGUUAGAUACACACACACACACACACACAUACACACACACACACACAUAUACACACACAUACACACACACACACAUACACACACACACACACAUACACCCACACACACACACACACAUACACACACACACACCACACACACACACACCACACACACACACACACACACACACACACACACACACACACACACAGAGGUGUGCAGUGUGAGGGUGAUGACAGAGUGACCAGAUGAGACAUAUAGGAUGGACGCAUCACCUCCCCCCCCCCUCCCAGAUGUGUGAUAACACACACACACACACACACAGUCAGCCGAGACGUGUGAGACCAACAAGACAAGCAAGUCUAUAAAUAAAAUACCCUCUGUAGGGUGUUCAGACAGACAGAGACAGACAGACGGGUCGAUAACCUGAUACAAGACACUUUAACAGACACUUAAUCACUAGUCAAUAGACCUUAACAAGCUACAGUACUAGCCUAUACACCAACAACCAACAACUGACCUUUUCAUUUACCAUGUAAUGGCUGUCAGUAUAAACAGCUGAGCUGACCAGUCACAACAGAUAUGUAGAUGUAGGAAUUUAUGGUUCUUCUGUAAAUGUUUCGUCACUUGUCAGACCGUGUGUGUGUGUGUGUGUGUGUGUGUGUGUUGUGUGUGUGUUAUGUGUGUGUGUGUUGUGUGGUGUGUGUGUGUGUGUGUGUGUGUGUGUGUGUGUGUGUGUGUGUGUGUUGUGUGUGUUGUGUGUGUGUGUGUGUGUGUGUGUGUGUGUGUGUGUGUGUGUGUGUGUGUGUGUGUGUGUGUGGUGUUGUGUGUGUGUGUGUGGGUGUGUUGUGGUGGUGUGUGUGUGUGUGUUGUGUGUGUGUGUGUGUGUGGUGUUGUGUGUUGUGUGUGUGUUGUGGUGUGUGUGUGUGUUGUGUGUGUGUGUGUGUGUUGUGUGUGUGUGUGUGUGUGUGUGUGUGGUGUGUGUGUGUGUGUGUGUGUGUGUGUGUGUGUGUGGUGUUGUGUGUGUGUUGUGUGUGUGUGUGUGUGUUGUGUGUGUGUGUGUGUAUGUGUGUGUAUGUGUUGUAUGUGUGUGUGUGUGUGUGUGUGUCUCAUAGGUCAUGAUCUUCUGAUACUGCAGGUCCCUGUGGUCAUUUGGUUCAGAGACACAGAUUACCUUUGACACUAGAGGUUAAGUGUUAUGAUUCAGAUUAAUUUGGGCAAGACUAAAUACAUGUUGUUCUCUAAUUCUCACAAAAACAAUUCAGAUGGACUACAUAUUUAAUCAUUGGAUGGUUCUCCCAUCGAUCAGGUUCCCACCUAUAAAUAUCUGGGCUUUUGGGUUGACAAAGGGUUAAAAAACAUACGGAUGAGUUAGUUAAAAAGCUUAGAUUUAAAGUGGGCUUCUAGAUCUUGCCUCUCCCUAAACAGCAGGAAGCAGAUUGUACAGUCAACUUUCCUGCCAGUUCUUGACUAUGGAGACAACAUUUCCCAGAUUGCAGCAGCUACUACUCUUAAACCUGUGGAUGUUGUCUACCAUUAGCUCCCAUCGCUUUCUCUCACAGGUGCCCGUUUGAAUACUCAUCACUGCAUCCUGUGUCACUGACCACCUUCCGGAGACACUUGAAACCUUACCUCUUUAAGGAAUACCUGGAAUAGUAUAAAGUAAUCCUUCUACCCCCCCCCCCCCCCCCCCCCCCCCCCCCCCCCAUAAACAAAAAGGAAAUAAAAGUGGUUGUCCCACUGGCUAUCAUAAGUUGAAUGCACCAAUUUGUAAGUCGCUCUGGAUAAGAGCGUCUGCUAAAUGAUGUAAAUGUUAAUGUAAAUGUAAAUGUAUCAAAACGUUGGCUGGUCCUCAUUAAAGUCCCGUAGGUCACUUCAUUACUCCCAUUUUGUUUCCAAAGCUCUACUACACAAGCUACAAGCUUCCAACUGACCUGGCUUUGCUGCUAACGACUAAGAGAAUGAGAUACCAAACCCCAUCACAGGAUUGGUCAACUCUUGAGGUCCCUCUGGUCUCCACCAAUUUAGGUAAAUCCUCCUUUAGUUUUAACGCUCCACAUUUAUGGAAUCACUUACAAAAGUUCAUUACGUUUGGAUUCCCUGGUGCCACUAGGGCAGUUUAAAAUCCUGACGAGAAAUUAGUUCACCAAGGUGUGUGAUUGUUUUGAUUGAUUGACUUUAAUAACUUGUUUAUGAUGACUGUGAUGUUCUAAUAUAAUCAGUGGAGGCUGGUGUGAGGACUAUGGGAGGACGGGCUCAUAGUAAUGGCUGGAAUGGAAUAAAUGGAACAGUUUCCAUGUGUUUGAUGUGUUUGAUACCGUUCCAUUGAUUCCAUUCCAGCCAUGAAAAUAAGGCUGUCCUCCUAUAGCUCCUCCCACCAGCCUCCGCUGAUUACAUCAGAACAUAAUAAUAAUAUGCCAUUUAGCAGACGCUUUUAUCCAAAGCGACUUACAGUCAUGUGCGCAUACAUUUUUACAUAUGGGUGGUCACGGGGAUCGAACCCACUACCCUGGUGUUACAAGCGCCAUGCUCUACCAAUUGAGCUACAGAGGACCCCAACAUCACAAACAAGCGGAACAGUGGACAGAAUAAAAUAGAUUCGGGCAGGUUAAAGGGGCAAUCCUUAGUUGCUACAUCCAUUUUUGGACUUAUACAUUAAUGAUAUGUACCCAUUGAUUCUUGAAGAAUAUAAAGUAUUUUGCCUCGUGAGUUCAACUGUCGUACCCCAUCAGAACCCAAAAUAUAAGCUUGUUUUACUCCACUGUUUGUAAACAAAGUAAAUGUAAACAAACUGUAUAGCCUCAAAACAUGGUUAAAACUAUAAUUUUGAUAUCAUGGAUGGUCAGUCCUUGCAUUGAAAGUCUAUGGAUUUUUGAGUGGUUGCAUUUCUCCAGCCCCAUCCCUCAGCUUUUUACUGAAACUGUGGCGGGGAGUACACUUUGUUAAUGUUUCAAUUAAGGAUUGCCACUGUAAUUAAAAUACAUAGUUAUGCCUUUAAUAGAGUAAUAGUGUUAUUAUAUGGUGCAAUCUUCUAGUGAGUUACUACCUUUGUGCCAUUAAUAUCAAGCAAAACUUCUGAAGUCGAGAACAAGAUUCUUAGUAUUGAAAACAAAAAUAAUGAUAUUGAAAGGAAAACAUAAACCAAAAAGUAUUGAUAGAAAAACAAAAUACAUUUGAAAUGCGAGAACAAAUUAAUUGUAAAUGGAUGCCCCCACCAAAAAAAAAAAUGAAGUGGAUUUUUUUAAAAUGAUAACGUGAUUCAAUAAAAUUCCUCCCUCUUUCCUGCAAUUUAACCUAUCUUUAGUUAUGUUACAAUGGUCUAUGCUGUCGCUGCCUUUUUUUCAGUUGCAAGUUUUGGCACAUUCAUUCCAGCAACAUAGCACCUUGCAUCCCACUGCUUGUUUGCCUCUGAAGCUAAGCAGGGGCAGUCCAGGUCGGUCCCUGAAUGGGAGCCCAGAUGUAGCUGGAAGUAGUGGUAAAUAAAAUUAGGGGAAAACACGUGACAAAUUAAUGUGAAACUUCACACGUGUCUGAUUCAUGUGAACAUUUUCAAAUGUGAUUUAUUUUUUUCACAUGAUUUUUUCAUGCAGUUUUUCUUGUGUAAGGGAAGUGGUAAUAUGGUCAGAAUUGAUGAGCAAAUAGGUGAGGUAUUUACCAAGCCUGUUAUUUUAGGUUAGGAAUAUUUCUGGGUUUGCAUUUGUGGUUAGAGAGAUCUAUAAAACACAAUUAUCUCCAUCAUCUAGUGCCGGCCGUCCUUGGACCAGCGACCAAGUCUCCUCUCCUUGUCAAAUGGAAAUAAAAUGGACUUGGCCCACCUCAACCAACCAUUAGGCCAACCCACCACCGCAUGACACUAUGGUCUAUGUAUUUUAACCCUAGAGAUAGAUAGAGAACUCUAGUGCCUAAAAGCCCGUUUUAGCAUGGGCAGCGCCAUUGAGGACUUUCACCAUUUUUAAGUAGUCAACCGGGUGGGACGUCCUUUGGGUUAAAUAAGAAUCACACAAUGGUCAGCCAGUAUCCACCACAGCAUGGUACUACGGUCUACGUAUUUUACCCUGACUCUGGUCUAGCUUCUUCCAGAACGCAUGGCCUUCUAGAACCCACCAGUCAUCUCUGUCUCUCUCUCUCUCUGUCUCACCACAGUAACACCCCAUGGCAACACCCUAUUUGCAUAAAUCUAGGCUACACACCGACAUACACAUUAGCUGGCUCAUUGCUGAAUCUCUACAUAGCAUAACACAGUCUAGCUUACUGCUGGCUGGCGUUGAGUGUUGAGCUUAUGUAACUAGACCGUAACGGGUGGCAGGCAGUAAAAGAGAAAUACACAGCCAGGCUAGUGAGGGCCUUCCUCAAUAAGUAGAACUCUCACUGCCGUUUUAUCCAGUGCUGUAUAUCCCAUCAAACUAUGUGGAGACUGACGUAAAUAUUUUACAAAAAUCCCUUAAAACUUUCCAGAACAUCCAGUUCCAGUUGUGUGUGUUUGAAUAUAUUUGUUUGACUCUUUCUGACGUAAGUGAAUGAACAAGAUUCAACCUAUAUUGUGCUGUGGGGAAAAUACAAUAAGCUGCUCUAUCCAAUGAGGUGUUGACUGAAGCAUGUAAUGUAGCCCAGCAAUGAGCCGCCAGGCAGCUUGACAGCCACACUCCUCUUCACCUCAAUAGCUGACUACAAUUCCAAACACCCAUAGCAUCACCUGUGUCAAGCACGUGCGGGCAACACAUCGCCACCCAAGACGGAACAGGAUAUCCAAGAUCCUAUUCUGAUAUCAUGCUUGACACUGUCGAAUAGGCUACAUUUAAUAUAUAAAUCAGGAAUAUUUCUUUACCUAUUUAGGCCCAUAUUAUUCAUUUAUUUUAAAACUGUUUACAAAAAAAGAAUAGGUAAUUUUUUCUUGCAUUAUAUAUAUUUUGUGAGAAAAGAUGAAUGGGAAAAGCUAAAAACAGGGUGCCAUCUGAUUUCCACUACUGUGACUGGGGAGCAGAUUUCAAAACACAUCCCUCUCCAUUCAUCACUGUCAGAUGCUGCUUUUCAGACAUCACCCAUCAUGGAUGGAUAAAUAACUACAAUACAUUACCAAAAGUAUGUGGACACCUGCUUGUCAAAAUUCUCAUUCCAAAAUCAUGGGCAUUAAUAUGGAGUUGGUCCCAUCUUUGCUGCUAUAAGAGCCUACAUUCUUCUGGAAAGGCUUUCCACUAGAUGUUGGAACAUUGCUGCGGGGACUUGCUUCCAUUCAGCCACAAGAGCAUUAGUGAGGUAAGGCACUGAUGUUGGGCGAUUAGGCCUGGCUCGCAGUCUGCGUUCCAAUUCAUACCAAAGGUGUUCGAUGGGGUUGAGGUCAGGGCUCUGUACAGGCCAGUCAAGUUCUUCCACACCGAUCUCGACAAACCACUUCUGUAUGGACCUCGCUUUGUGCAUGGGGGCAUUGUCAUGCUGAAACAGGAAAGGGCCUUCCCAAACAGUUGCCACAAAGUUGGAAGCACAGAAUCGUCUAGAAUAUUAAUGUAUGCUAAGCAUUAAGAUUUCCCUGCACUGAAACUAAGGGGCCUAGCCCAAACGAUGAAAAACAGCGUCCGGGCUCUGGCUGGGCCACUCAAGGACAUUCAGAAACCUGUCCUAAAACCACUCCUGCGUUGUCUUGGCUGUGUGCUUAGGGUCGUUGUCCUGUUGGAAGAUGAACCUUCGCCCCAGUCUGAGGUCCUGAGGGCGCUGGAGCAGGUUUUUAUCAAGGAUCUCUCUGUACUUUGCUCCAUUAAUCGUUCCUUCAAUCCUGACUAGUCUCCCAGUCCCUGCCACUGAAAAACAUCCCCACAGCAUGAUGCUGCCACCACCAUGCUUCACAGUACCGAUGGUAUUGGCCAGGUGAUGAGCAGUGCCUGGUUUCCUCCAGACGUGACGCUUGGCAUUCAGGCAAAACAGUUAAAUCUUGGUUUCAUCAGACCAGAGAAUGUUGUUUCUCAUGGUAUGAGAUUCCUUUAACGGCCUUUUGGCAAACUCCAAACGGGCUGUCAUGUGCCUUUUAGUAAGGAGUGGCUUCCGUCUGACCACUCUACCAUUAAGACCUGAUUGGUGGAGUGCUGCAGAGAUGGUUGUCCUUCUGGAAGGUUCUUCCAUAUCCACAGAGGAACUCUGGAGCUCUGUCAGAGUGACCAUCGGGUUCUUGGUCACCUCCCUGACCAAGGCCCUUCUCCUCCGAUUGUUCAGUUUGGCCGGGCGGCCAGCUCUAGGAAGAGUCUCGGUGGUUCCAAACUUCUUCCUUUUAAGAAUGAUGGAGGCCACUGUUCUUGGGGACCUUCAAUGCUGCAGAAAUGUUUUGGUACCCUUCCCCAGAUCUGUGCCUCGACAAAAUCCUGUCUCGGAGCUCUACGGACAAUUCCUUCGCUUGGUUGUUGCUCUGACAUGCACUGUCAACUGUGGGACCUUAUAUAGACAGGUGUGUGCCUUUCCAAAUCAUGUCCAAUCAAUUGAAUUUACCACAGGUGGACUCCAAUCAAGUUGUAGAAACAUCUCAAGGAUGAUCAAUGGAAACAGGAUGCACCUGAGCGCCAUUUCGAGUCUCAUAAGGGUCUGAAUACUUAUGCUACCUGUCAAAAGUUUGGACACACUUACUCAUUCAAGGGGUUUUCUUUUAUUGUAAAAAAAAAUGUACAUUGUAAAAUAAUAGUGCAUAAGUCAAAACUUUGAUAAAACAAAUCAAAAUGUAUUUUAUAUUUGAGAUUCUUCAAAUAGCCACCCUUUGCCUUGAUGACAGCUUUGCACACACUUGGCAUUCUCUCAACCAGCUUCAUGAGGUAGUCACCUGGAAUGCAUUUCAAUUAACAGGUGUGCCUUCUUAAAAGUUAAUUUGUGGAAUUUAUUUCCUUCUUAAUGCGUUUGAGCCAAUCAGUUGUGAUGUGACAAGGUAGGGGGGGGGGUAUACAGAAGAUAGCCCUUUUUGGUAAAAGACCAAGUCCAUAUUAUGGCAAGAACAGCUCAAAUAAGCAAAGAGAAACGACAGUCCAUCAUUACUUUAAGACAUGAAGGUCAGUCAAUACAGAACAUUUCAAGACCUUUGAAAGUUUCUUCAAGUGCAGUCGCAAAAACCAUCAAGUGCUAUGAUGAAACUGGCUCUCAUGAGGACCGCCACAGGAAUGGCGGAUAAGUUCAUUAGAGUUACCAGCCUCAGAAAUUGCAGCCCAAAUAAAUGCUUCACAGAGUUCAAGUCACAGACACAUCUCAACAUCAACUGUUCAGAGGGGACUGUGUGAAUCAGCCCUUAAUAAAAGCCUUUGAAAUUCACUAUACAGUGCAUUUGGAAAGUAUUCGGACCCAUUGACUUUUUCCACAUUUUGUUACGUUACAGCCUUAUUCUAAAAUGGAUUCAAUAAAAAAAAUGAUGAGGGAAAAAAAAAACUAUUUAAUCAAUUUCAGAAUAAGGCUGUAACGUAACAAAAUGUGGAAAAAGUCAAGGGGUCUGAAUACUUUCCGAAGGCACUGUACGUAGGAUCUUAAUUUGACAAGUAUUGUCACAACAUUGCUUAGGCUUCUAUUACGAAAGGUUCUGAUGGAUUUAUUUAUGACUAUAGUGUUUUUGGGUCAGCUCACCUGAUGAGGAAUAACCUGGUUAGGCUAUAGCCUCUUCCUAUAAGCUAGGACACAGAGUUUUUACUGGUCAUGUCACGUAGUCAGGAACAACUCCAGGCCCUAGUUCUGACUCUAAAGUAACUCCAGUUGAGCCGAGACAAUCCCAUGAGAUCUCCUCCUACGAGACAGAUUAAAGAGGAUUCUGAGAGGGUCCUCCUUCUGUGUGGAAGAACACAGAAGUGUGUGUGUGUGUGUGUGUGUGUGUGUGUGUGUGUUUGUGGUUGUGCGUGUGUGUGUACUGAAGAAUACAGAACACAAUACAGGCUAAGAAUACAGGCUAUCUAUUUAUAAAGUCACGUCAAAUCUCCCUUUAUGAGAGGAGGCAGCAACAUAUUGUUUUAAUCUUUCAACGUGGUGCCACUCUCUCACAUUGUCAGACCUGACACACGCCUACAGCCUCAGUGCUGACAUCAGAGAAGAAAAUGGAGGGAGAGGGAGAGAGAGAGAGAGAGAGAGAGAGAGAGAUGAAAACUGGAUUUUUUUAUAACGGGAAAUAAAUGGAGCCCAAAUUUUGAAAAAAAACCUUUUGUCCUGAAAUUAGAAAAUUUUUUUUUAGGGUUUAAAGGAUUUUUGAAAACCUUUCCCCAGAGCCCAAUUAUCUUGCCCAAUUUUUUCCCGACCCAAUUCUUUUGUUUUGUUCAGGACUCGAGGAAUGGCCCCUCAAAGGGUGAAAUGGCAAGGGUUAAAAUGGUCCUUCCCCCUUUGGGGGGGGGGGGGGAAAAAUUUCCCGCCCCAAAAACCCCUCCCUCCCCCUUUUUUCUCUCCCCUUUUUUCUUCCCUCUCUUUCCCCUUUCCUCCCUCCUUUUUUUUUUUGGGGUUUUCCCCCCCCCUUUCCCCUUCCCCCUCCCAUUUUUCCCUCCUCUCCUUCUUUUCUUUUUUUUCCCCUACUUUCCCCUGUUGGGGUGACUUAAGGGAAAAGGGGUGGUGUCAAAACACAUUAAAAACCCGGAAAAAAAAGGGGGGUGGGAAAAUUCCCCUUCCCGGGUCGAUAGGGAUUUCCCAUGGAUUUAUUGGUUUUUUGGGGGGGGGAAAGGGCAAAAUACCUCAUCUUUAACACAGUUAUGGGCUAUUCCCAAAAAAAAAAAAAACCUUUUAAGUUUCCUUUUCUAAAUUUUAGUUUUUUCCCCCCCAACGAAAUGGGUUUUUUAAAAUCCCCUUUGCGGGGGGUUAAUCACUUUAAUCAAAUUUCAGGCCAAAUUUUUGGUCCCAAAACUUUUCAGAAAAGAAAAAAAAUAGUCCUGAACAUUACCAGAACAUUUUUUUGUUGGGGGGUUUAAAAGGGCCAAGUCUGAAUGAGAACCGUUUCCUUAGAGUCUCAAUGUGAUUGGAUUUUGCCAAGGUGUUCCCUGGACCAAAGUCCUAUUUGUUUAAGUUGAUGAUUUCGAGGAAUGUCCCCCCUCAAAAGGGUGAAAUGGCAAGUUAAAGAAUGUUUCUUUUUUUCCCCCCGUUUUUUUUUUUCCCCCGAAAAAAGGGGGGAAGAGGGGAAAAGAAGGAAAGGGAAGAAAAAGAGGAGAAAGAGAAAAAGAAAGAAGGGCGAGGGAAAAGGAAGAGGGGGGGGAAAAGGAAUGACCCCGGGGCAUAAUAUUUUCCCUAUUAAAAAAAACCCCUUCCCUAUUACCCUUCCAAAUUCCCCCAAUUAUCCCCCCUUCUCCCUCCCCAAUGUUGGUGGUGACCUCCACAGGGAAAAGGGCAUGGUGCAAAAAAAAAUUAAGAAAACCGGAGCAAGGGUGGGGCCAUUCCCGCCCUUCCUGUGUUGUUGAUAGUGGAUUUCCUUAUUUUUGGUUAUGGGGGGGUUUUUUGGGGAAAAAAAUUGGGUCAGGAAUAGCCUGGCGACUCUUGAUACACAGACUUCAUGGGGAGAGGAGGGGGACAAAAAAGAUGAAAUUUUGUAAAAAUUUCGGCGGGAGAGGUAGGAACUGGGGGGAAUUCAAGGAUUAGAAGGUAAAAGAAAGAAACCACCUACCCAUUACAAGCCAUGAAGGGUUUUAACACCCUUUUAAGCACACAGUUCACCCCGAAGGGUUAUAAGUUUUAAUCACCUUCAUUUUAGCCAUAUAUGGGUCUCAUAUCACUGCUUUAAGUCACUAUGUUCAGCCAUGAAUGGGUUUUAUAACCCCUGUUAGUCCCUACUCAUUUUCACCCAGAAUGGGUUUAAUACAUUUUUUAGCCCCCUACCAGUUCAGCCGGUUUCAUCAAGUUAAAAGAAGUUUCUAUUUUCCCCGGGGUUUGAGAUUAGGAUAUUAGUAAUGUGGUAUGUGGGUGUUGUGUGUGGUGGGUGGGUGUGGUUGUGUGUUUGUUUGGUGUGGGCGGGGUUUUUGGGGUGUGUGCACAGGUGGGGGAAAAAAAGGGGAAAAUUUCCCAAUUAGGAGAUGGAAAAGAGGGUUGGGGAAGGAAGGGGUUGAAAAAGAGAGAGAGAGAGAGAGAGAGAAAAGAGAAGAGGAGAGAGAGAAAAGGAGAGAGAGAGGGGAAAAGAAAGGAGAGGAGGAGAGGAGGGAGAGAGAAAAAGAGAGAGAGAGAAGGAGAAGAGAAGAAAGAAGAAAAAAAAAAAAAGAAAAAGAAAGAAGAAAAAAAGAAGAAAGAAAGAAAGAAAGUAGAAAAAAAGAGAACAGAUGGGAAAGGGGAGAGGGGAAAGCGGAGAGCGGGGGAAGAGCGCCAAAGGGGAAGAAAGAAAUUAUUAUCCCCUCCCUCCCCCCUCCCCAACUUUUUUCUUCUAUCCUCUUUUUCCCCCCCUUUCCCCCCCCCCCCUCUCUCUCUUCUCUCUCUCUCUCUCUCGCUCUCUCUCUCUCUCUCUCUCGCUCUCGCUCUCUGCAUUGCUCUCUCUCUCUCUCUUUCCCUCUGUGUGUCUCUCUCUACUGUAUCUCUCUAUAUCUCUCUCGUCUCUGUAUCUCUCUUUCUCUCUCUCUGUCUCUGCAACUCUCUCUCUUUCUCUUUCUCUCUCUCUCUCUGCAUCUCAAUUCAAUUCAAGGGGCUUUAUUGGCAUGGGAAACAUAUGUUUACAUAACCAAAGCAAGUGAAAUAAACAUUACACUCACAAAAGUUCCAACAGAAUAAAGACAUUUCAAAUGUCAUAUUAUGUCUAUAUACAGUGUUGUAAUGACAAAUGGGAAAAUAAAUAAACAUAAAUAUGGGUUGUAUUUACAAUGGUGUUUGUUCUUCACUGGUUGCCCUUUUCUUGUGGCAACAGGUCACAAAUAUUGCUGCUGUGAUGGCACACUGUGGUAUUUCACCCAGUAGAUAAGGGAGUUUAUCAAAAUUGGGUUUGUUUUCGAAUUCUUUGUGGGUCUGUAAUCUGAGGGAAAUAUGUGUCUCUAAUAUGGUCAUACAUUUGGCAGGAGUUAGGAAGUGCAGCUCAGUUUCCACCUCAUUUUGUGGGCAGUGUGCACAUAGCCUGUCUUCUCUUGAGAGCCAGGUCUGCCUACGGCGGCCUUUCUCAAUAGCAAGGCUAUGCUCACUGAGUCUGUACAUAGCUUUCCUUAAGUUUGGGUCAGUCACAGUGGUCAGGUAUUCUGCCACUGUGUACUCUCUGUUUAGUGUCAAAUAGCAUUCUAGUUUGCUCAGCUUGUUAAUUCUUUCCAACGUGUCAAGUAACUAUCUUUUUGUUUUCUCAUGAUUUGGUUGGGUCUAAUUGUGUUGCUGUCCUGGGGCUCUGUGGAGUUUGUUUGUGUUUGUGAACAGAGCCCCAGGACCCGCUUGCUUAGGGGACUCUUCUCCAGGUUCAUCUCUCUGUAGGUGAUGGCUUUGUUAUGGAAGGUUUGGGAAUCGCUUCCUUUUAGGUGAUUGUAGAAUUUAACGUCUCUUUUCUGGAUUUUGAUAGUUAGCAGGUAUCGGCCUAAUUCUGCUCUGCAUGCAUUAUUUGUUGUUUUACAAUGUACACGGAGGACAUCUCUCUCUCUCUCUCUCUCUCUCUGUCACUCUUCACGAACCAAUGCCUAUGAUCAAAGCAUCGACACAGAUUCACUGUUUGUCAACAUUUAUAGUAAUAGCCUCAUUUAUAGUACUAGCCUCAUUUAUAGUACUAGCCUCAUUUAUAGUACUAGCCUCAUUUAUAGUACUAGCCUCAUUUACAGUACUAGCCUCAUUUACAGUACUAGCCUCAUUUUAUAGUACUACUCAUUUACAGCCUCAUUUAUAGUACUGCCUCAUUACAGUACUAGCCUCAUUUAUUAGUUUACUAGCCUCAUUUAUAGUACUAGCCUCAUUUAUAGUACUAGCCUUAUUUACAGUACUAGCCUCAUUUAUAGUACUAGCCUCAUUUAUAGUACUAGCCUCAUUUACAGUACUAGCCUCAUUUAUAGUACUAGCCUCAUUUAUAGUACUAGCCUCAUUUAUAGUACUAGCCUCAUUCAGUCAAUUCAUCACCUUUCAAAUGGCUUUCUAAAUGUACAAACAAAACCCAGCCCAUUGAAAGUCAAUACUGUCCCAAGUCAGCCAGCUAUCUGAAUCAGUAGAUUCAUAGCAAUACUAUAAUUAUGUUUUCCCUGUAAGGUUGACCUGUGACCUUUGCUUUAAGACUGACCGCUCUCUAACGUGGCCUCACACACACACACACACACACACACACACACCAUGCAGUCCAGGUAACACGACACACAACCCCAGUUAAAUAACCCCAGAUUAAAGAGACCGAUGAGGCGGCGCACAAUUGGUCCAGUGUCGUCCGGGUUAGGGGAGGGUUUGGCCGGCCGGAUGUCCUUGUCUCCUUGUGGGGGAGCAAGCUCCCUCACGACGCCAGGACAGCGGAGUCACUCACCACCUUCCGGAGACACUUGAAACCCCACCUCUUUAAGGAAUACCUGGGAUAGGAUAAAGUAAUCCUUCUACCCCCCCUUACCCCACCCCCCAAAAAAUGGCUAUCAUAAGGUGAAUGCACCAAUUUGUAAGUCGCUCUGGAUAAGAGCGUCUGCUAAAUGACGAAAAUGUAAAUGUAAAUGUAAAAAAUGGGGGCCGGGUGCCUGCAAGCUGACUUUGGUUGCCAGUUGUACGGCGUUUCCUCCAAAACAUUGGUGCGGCUGGCUUCCGGGUUAAGCGAGCAGUGUGUCAAGAAGCAGUGCAGCUUGGCAGGGUCGUGUUUUGGAGGACGCAUGGCUUUAAUAUGGUCCAACUCCAGUAUCUUUCCAUUUUAGCUUGUUCUCCAUCUUCUUUUUACAGUCUUUCCCCAAUUGUUUAUACACAAAAACUGGCCCAUGAGGCACAAUGACCCAAACCUGUAACUCAUUUAGCAGAACCAUACACCAAAUCUGACUCAAACCUGUAACUCAUUUAGCAGAACCAGACACCAAAUCCGACCCAAACCUGUAACUCAUUUAGCAGAACCAGACACCAAAUCUGACCCAAACCUGUAACUCAUUUAGCAGAACCAGACACCAAAUCUGACCAAAACCUGUAACUCAUUUAGCAGAACCAGACACCAAAUCUGACUCAAACCUGUAACUAAUUUAGCAGAACCAGACACCAAAUCUGACCCAAACCUGUAACUCAUUUAGCAGAACCAGACACCAAAUCUGACCAAAACCUGUAACUCAUUUAGCAGAACCAGACACCAAAUCUGACUCAAACCUGUAACUAAUUUAGCAGAACCAGACACCAAAUCUGACCCAAACCUGUAACUCAUUUAGCAGAACCAGACACCAAAUCUGACCCAAACCUGUAACUCAUUUAGCAGAACCAGACACCAAAUCUGACCCAAACCUGUAACUAAUUUAGCAGAACCAGACACCAAAUCUGACCCAAACCUGUAACUCAUUUAUCAGAACCAGACACCAAAUCUGACCCAAACCUGUAACUCAUUUAGCAGAACCGUACACCAAAUCUGACCCAAACCUGUAACUCAUUUAGCAGAACCAGACACCAAAUCUGACCCAAACCUGUAACUCAUUUAGCAGAACCAUACACCAAAUCUGACCCAAACCUGUAACUAAUUUAACAGAACCAGACACCAAAUCUGCAAUACUACUGGCACAUGUUUUGCUUUACACUCAGAUUGCAAUUCUAUAACAAUUUGGCAAAACACAACACACAACGCUCUACCUUUGGCACAACCUUCACAACUAAAAUAUCUUGUGUGCAAAUGAAAAGCAACACUGUUCAACAAGCUAAACUCAAUUACCAAUUGAUCACUUUCACUCUUCACAUGUGCAAACACUAAUUGUGUAAAUCUUCACUUUUAAAUCAGACUUUUAGGAUAGAUAAAAAUGUCACAGGUGAGUACUGUGUUUGGAGAACAAUGGAAGCAAACUUAGCAAGGAGAGGUGGAGGUAGAGGUAGAGGUGGAGGUGGAGGUGGAGGUGGAGGUGGAGGUGGAGGUAGAGGUGGGGGUGGAGGUGGAGGUGGGGGUAGAGGUGGAGGUGGAGGUAGAGGUGGAGGUGGAGGUAGAGGUAGAGGUGGAGGUGGAGGUGGAGGUGGGGGUGGAGGUGGAGGUGGAGGUGGAGGUGGGGGGUGGAGGUGGAGAUGGAGGUGGGGGUGGAGGUGGAGGUGGAGGUGGAGGUGGAGGUGGAGGUGGAGGUGGAGGUGGAGGUGGAGGUGGAGGUAGAGGUGGAGGAAGACCAAGAACAAGGAGAGUAAUCUCUGAUGAAAUUUGGGCGACUGUGGUGGACCAUGUGGUCAACCAUGGUUUGACCUUGAGAGAGGCUGAGCAGAGAGUGCAGCCCAUUCUGAGCCGCUUCAUCGUAGCGUCCAUUAUCAGGACGUUCCAAAAUGACAAUAGGUAUGUACUGCAGACAUUAGACCUCUCUACUACUUUUACUACUUGACACUAGCACUACAUAAAGCACAGUAAAGACUGUAGAUUCCAAUACAUACUGUAAGGGGAAACAAAGUCAAUGUUUCAUGUAUUACUGGAUGGAGGAAACUGGGAGCGAUACUACUUUGUAACAUGUUUAUGUUGUAUACUGUAUUACUGUAGUGUUUACUGCACUGUGUGCUAUUUGGUUUUUGUACAAACUGAAAGACUAAAUAGAACGUGUCUAUUUACAGUCCAACAGGAGGCUGCCACUGUGCAAAUGGUGGUUGAAAAUAAUGCCAUAAGACUGCGGGAAAUCAAACAACAGAUUAUUGAAAACCUUUCAUAACAUCAGUGAGUUUAUCAACCAUAGCCCGCAUCCUUAAGAAACACAAUUUCCGGAUGAAGCAAAUCUACGGAGUCCCAUUUGAAAGGAAUUCCCAAAGACUGAAGGAUAAACGGUACGAAUAUGUGCAAGUAAGUAAUGUACUAGUAUUACACUCUUGAAACAGAGACUCAUUGAUGUUGCCAGUGAACUUUACUAUUCAGCAAUUACAGUAUUUACUGUCAUUUCAGAGACUUGUGGAGUUGGAUGCAAGUCCCAUCCCCCAGGAACUCAUAUUCAUAGAGGAGGUUGGAUUCAAUUUAGCAAAGACGAGGAGGAGAGGAAGGAACCUCAUUGGUCAACGAGCCGUCAUUGAGGAACCUGGCCAGCGUGGGGGAAAUGUCACCAGAUGCCCAGCUAUGAGCCACAAUGGGGUCCUCCACCGCCAUGCCACCCUUGGACAAUACAACACUGACCAUCUCCUUAAUUUCCUGAACACCUUACAAGACAAUCUUUUUCAGCCAGAGCAGAGAGGGCCAGGUGAUCCUGAGCAGCAAAUGGAUGUUCUAAUUUGGGACAACGUGAGUUUCCAUCAGGCUGCUCAGGUCCACAACUGGUAUACAUGACCAUCCCAGGUUUACAGUUCUCUAUCUCCCACCAUAUUCCCCAAUUCUCAACCCCAUUGAGGAGUUGUUUUCAGCGUGGCGGUGGAAGGUGUAUGAUCCCAAACCCCAUGAACGUAUGGCCCUUCUCCAGGCAAUGGAGGAGGCCUGUGGUGACAUUCCAGCAGAGUCCUGUCAGGGGUGGAUGCCAGAAGAUAUUUCCCCCGCUGUCUGGCCAAGGAGAAUAUCGCCUGUGAUGUUGAUGAAAAUCUGUAGCUGGACCAAAACAACAGGCAUGACUGAUUUUGUUUUUGCAAUGGAGUAUUUGUUUCUUGACUUAUGAUUUUACUGUAUUUUGACAGUUUCUUUAUCUAUUCCGUACAAUUGAUCUAACAUACAGUACAGUAGUACAAAUUUGUUUUCCUUUCUUGUUUGAGUACACAAACAAUAUACAGUAUAGCAACAAAAUCUUAGUCUUUACACUGAAAUAGGUUCUGAUAGUAGUGUUUUGAAUGUGUCACAUUAGUGUGAUCUCAUCUGAUGUGUGUGUGUCUCAUUUAUAUGCAGUUUCAUUUUGAGCAGGGAGUACAUGAUUUUGAUUGCUGUGUUUCAUUUUGCAAGAUGUCUGUGGGGUUUUGGGGAAAUUGGCUAACUGUUUUGUGUUUUGUGUUUACAGUUUUGAGUACCUGAGAUGUAGUUUCAGCAAACGUGUGUUAACAAUUGGGAAAACUGUAAAUAAGGAGCCAAUUUGUUAUCAGCACUUUUAUUUCCAUGACUGAUCAAAACUGUUUUUCUCAUGGCUCUCUCUUGUCCCUCUGUAGCAGACAUAUGGUGAGCAAUAUGUUCGGAACAUCCAAUCUCAAUACAUAUAGAAUCAUGAGAAUCACAAUACAUAUCGUAUCGGCACCUAAGUAUCGUGAUAAUAUCGUGUCGUUACGUCCCUGGUAAUUCCCAGCCCUAACCAGAAUCAGAGGAUUCUGCAGAAAAUAUCAAAAUGAACAAUGUUUAGAGACAUGGCAUGAACUCAUCCUACAAUGAGUCUAACUGUAAUAACUCAAACAUCAAACAUAUAGCCAGACUAUACAAAGGCAUUACAAUAAUUGCUUUGCAUCAAACAGCGUCAAACAACUGGAUUUAACAGAGACAUAUACUUAGAAGUGAAAUGUUAACACUACACCUUAUUUCAAAGGCAUUAUGAAAGAUAGCAAUGACAACAUGCCAAUCCAACCUAUUCUAAACCUCCGUGGCUCGUUAUGGAUUUGCUCCCAAAGGCUCUCUAGUCUACAGAGCUAUGGGCUCAUAGCCUCCUAUUCCCACUGACAGAGCUAUGGGCUCAUAGCUUCCUAUUCCCACUGACAGAGCUAUGGGCUCAUAGCUUCUGAUACCCACUGACAGAGCUAUGGGCUCAUAGCCUCCUAUACCCACUGACAGAGCUAUGGGCUCAUAGCCUCCUAUACCCACUGACAGAGCUAUGGGCUCAUAGCCUCCUAUACCCACUGACAGAGCUAUGGGCUCAUUGCCUCCUAUACCCACUGACAGAGCUAUGGGCUCAUAGCCUCCUAUACCCACUGACAGAGCUAUGGGCUCAUAGCCUCCUAUACCCACUGACAGAGCUAUGGGCUCAUAGCCUCCUAUACCCACUGACAGAGCUAUGGGCUCAUUGCCUCCUAUACCCACUGACAUAGCUUUGGGCUCAUAGCCUCCUAUACUCACUGACAGGGCUAUGGGCUCAUAGCCUCCUACACCCACUGACAGAGCUAUGGGCUCAUUGCCUCCUAUACCCACUGACAGAACUAUGGGCUCAUAGCCUCCUAUACCCACUGACAGGGCUAUGGGCUCAUAGCCUCCUAUACCCACUGACAGAGCUAUGGGCUCAUAGCCUCCUAUACCCACUGACAGAGCUAUGGGCUCAUUGCCUCCUAUACCCACUGACAGAGCUAUGGGCUCAUAGUCUCCUAUACCCACUGACAGAGCUAUGGGCUCAUAGCCUCCUAUACCCACUGACAGAGCUAUGGGCUCAUGGCCUCCUAUACCCACUGACAGAGCUAUGGGCUCAUAGCCUCCUAUACCCAUGACAGAAGCUAUGGGCUCAUUGCCUCCUAUACCCAACUGACAGAGCUAUGGGCUCAUAGCCCUCCUAUACCAACUGGACCAGAGCUAUGGGCUCAUUGCCUCCUAUACCCACUGACAGAGCUAUGGGCUCAUAGCCUCCAUAUACCCACUGACAGAGCUAUGGGCUCAUAGCCUCCUAUACCCACUGACAGAGCUAUGGGCUCAUAGCCUCCUAUACCCACUGAACAGAGCUAUGGGCUCAUUGCCUCCUAUACCCACUGACAGAGCUAUGGGCUCAUUGCCUCCUAUACCCAACUGACAGCGCUAUGGGCUCAUAGCCUCCUAUACCCACUGACAGAGCUAUGGGCUCAUUGCCUCCUAUACCCACUGACAGAGCUAUGGCUCAUUGCCUCCUAUACCCACUGAACAGAGCUAUGGGCUCAUAGCCUCCUAUACCCACUGACAGAAGCUAUGGGCUCAUGCCUCCUAUACCCACAGGACAGAGCUAUGGGCUCAUAGCCUCCUAUACCCAUGACAGAGCUAUGGGCUCAUAGCCUCUAUACCCACUGACAGAGCUAUGGGCUCAUGCCUCCUAUACCCACUGACAGAGCUAUGGGCUCAUAGCCUCCUAUACCCACUGACAGAGCUAUGGGCUCAUAGCCUCCUAUACCCACUGACAGAGCUAUGGGCUCAUAGCCUCCUAUACCCACUGACAGAGCUAUGGGCUCAUUGCCUCCUAUACCCACUGACAGAGCUAUGGGCUCAUAGCCUCCUAUCCCCAAACUGACAUAGCUAUGGGCUCAUAGCCUCCUAUACCCACUGACAGAGCUAUGGGCUCAUUGCCUCCAUACCCAUGACAGAGCUAUGGGCUCAUAGCCUCCUAUACCCACUGACAGAGCUAUGGGCUCAUAGCCUCCUAUACCCACUGACAGAGCUAUGGCUAUAGCCUCCUAUACCCACUGACAGAGCUAUGGGCCAUAGCCUCCUAUACCCACUGACAGAGCUAUGGGCUCAUAGCCUCCUAUACCCCACUGACAGAGCUAUGGGCUCAUAGCCUCCUAUACCCAUGACAGAGUAUGGGCUCAUAGCCUCCUAUACCCACUGACAGAGCUAUGGGCUCAUAGCCUCCUAUACCCCCACUGACAGAGCUAUGGGCUCAUAGCCUCCUAUACCCACUGACAGAGCUAUGGGCUCAUUGCCUCCAUACCCACUGACAGAGCUAUGGGCUCAUUGCCUCCUAUUACCCACUGACAGAGCUAUGGGCUCAUAGCCUCCUUACCCCACUGACAGAGCUAUGGGCUCAUAGCCUCCUAUACCCCAUGACAGAGCUAUGGGUCAUAGCCUCCUAUACCCACUGACAGAGCUAUGGGCUCAUAGCCUCCUAUACCCACUGACCAGAGCUAUGGGCUCAUAGCCCUCCCUAUACCCACUGGCAGAGUAUGGGCUCAUAGCCUCCUAUACCCACUGGACAGAGCUAUGGGCUCAUAGCCUCCUAUACCCACGACAGAGCUAUGGGUCAUUGCCUCCUAUACCCACUGACAGAGCUAUGGGCUCAUAGCCUCCUAUACCCACUGACAGAGCUAUGGGUCAUAGCCUCCUAUACCCAUGACAGAGCUAUGGGCUCAUAGCCUCCUAUACCCACUGACAGAGCUAUGGGCUCAUAGCCUCCUAUACCCACUGACAGAGCUAUGGGCUCAUUGCCUCCUAUACCCACUGACAGAGCUAUGGGCUCAUUGCCUCCUAUACCCACUGACAGAGCUAUGGGCUCAUAGCCUCCUAUACCCACUGACAGAGCUAGGAUUUCUGUUCUGCUGCUAGGUAAUGGUGUGUGUAUACUGUAGUAUCUGUCAGAUGUAUGUGUCUGCACAUGAGAUGUUUCUGCCUGACUGGCCAUCUAAUGUCUCUCCUCUCUCUCUCCCUCUCCCCACCUCUCCAUCUCACGCUACAAUGACCUUUCUUCCAGGGGAGCCGCCAGGGAGAGGCAUGAGCCCUGGAUAAAACACACAGUCACCUGGAUAGAACACACAGUCACCUGGAUAGAACACACAGUCACCUGGAUAGAACACACAGUCACCUGGAUAGAACACACAGUCACCUGGAUAGAACACACAGUCACCUGGAUAGAACACACAGUCACCUGGAUAGAACACACAGUCCACCUGGAUAGAAACACAGUCACCGGAGUAGAAACACACAGUCACUGGAUAGAACACACAGUCACCGGAUUGAACCACACAUCACCUGGAUAGAAACACACAGUCACCUGGAUAGACACACGUCACCUGGAUAGAACACACAGAUCACCUGGAUAAAACACACAGUCACCCUGGAUAGAACACACGGUCACAUGGAUAGAACACACAGUCACCUGGAUAGAACACACAGUCACCUGGAUAGAACACACAGUCACCUGGAUAGAACACACAGUCACCUGGAUAGAACACACAGUCACCUGGAUAGAACACACAGUCAUAGACACACUGAGCCCAGCUUAGCUGGAGAGAAGUGGAAAGUACAACAGAACUAUAAUGCUAAUGUACUGUAUACUGCUAUAAUGUACUGUAUACUGCUAUAAUGUACUGUAUACUGCUAUAAUGUACUGUAUACUGCAGCUGUACAGAACUCAUCCAGAGCUCUUUGACUUCUGACAGAAAGCCAUUAUAAGAUAUCUAAUGGCAAACAUUUAGUAGUGAAUUGCAUACGAGUGUAACUUCAUCACCUCAUGUAUGUGCGCCACACAACAGAGACUCCUAUAGAACGCUAUGGACUCACCAUCUCCUGCUUUCUCCCGUUGUCCUAUUUACAAACCAGGGUUUCCAUUAGGAAAAUGUGGCACCAGACAUUUGACCAGCAACAUCUUCAUUUACCGGGACAUUUGAGAAAUUCGCCGGACCCAUAUGCAUUGGGUGCGUAACCUGAUUAGGGCGUCCACCCACAGUGCUCAGAAUGACAGAAAUCACAUUUAGAUUAUGGUCAUUCAUAUUAACAGAACAUGCAAAUCGAGGAUGCAACGCUGUGCGGUCAUUCUUACCGAAUUCUGAUGUGCACUUUGAAGAUGUUAGAAUAACUGUCCACAUGUACUUUUCCUCACCAACAAGACGAAUAACGAACAGCAAAAUCACUAGCCUAUGUUAAUCUAAUACCCCCCCCCCAUAGUAGAAAAGUGAACCUAUUCUAUUGGUCAGCUUGUCGAGAAAGAAAUAGCCUAUUCCAAACUGACUCUGGGACAGUUGUGGCCCGAUAGAUCCCAACCAGUAGGCCUAGGCUACAUAAAAAAACUGUCUGAUGUAACUGAUCAGAACAUUUAGCUUAAAAUGUUGAUAUACUAUUAUCUAUUCACAUUAUAAGUGCACAAGGCAGUAGGCUUUGCGCGAAUGUUUCGUUCCAUAAUGCAAUUAGCGGGAAAUUACUGUUGUCAAAAGGGACUGCAUAUGGGAGAGGUUUCAUGUGACAGAGAUUGAAAUACCCGGUAUAUAUACGGUAUAUACUGUACACUAUAUAUACAAAAGUAUGUGGACACCCCUUCAAAUUAGUGGAUUCGGCUAUUUCAGCCACACCCGUUGUUGACAGGUGUAUAAAAUUGAGCACACAGUCAUGCAAUCUCCAUAGACAAACAUUGGCAGUAGAAUAGCCUUACUGAAGAGCUCAGUGACUUUCAACGUGGCACCAUCAUAGGAUGCCACCUUUCCAACAAGUCAGUUCGUCACAUUUCUGCCCUGCUAGAGCUGCCCCGGUCAACUGUAAGUGCUGUUAUUGUGAAGUGGAAACGUCUAGGAGCAACGACGGCUCAGCCGCGAAUUGGUAGGCCACACAAGCUCACGGGGCCGCCCAGUAAUGAAGCGCAUAGCGCGUAAAAAAUCGUCUGUCCUCGGUUGCAACACUCAGUACCGAGUUCCAAACUGCGUCUGGAAGCAACGUCAGCACAAUAACUGUUCGUCGGGAGCUUCAUGAAAUGGGUUUCCAUGGCUGAGCAGCCGCACACAAGCCUAAGAUCACCAUGCGCAAUGCCAAGCGUCAGACCCAAAUCUGGGUUUGGCGGACGCCAGGAGAACGCUACCUGCCCCAAUGCAUAGUGCCAACUGUAAAGUUUGGUGGAGGAGGAAUAAUGUCUGGGGCUGUUUUUCAUGGUUUGGGCUAAAUCCCUUAGUUCCAGUGAAGGGAAAUCAUAACCUUACCGCAUACAAUGACAUUCUAGAUGAUUCUGUGCUUCCAACUUUGUGGCAACCGUUUGAGGAAGGCCCUUUCCUGUUUCAGCAUGACAAUGCCCCUGUGCACAAAGCGAGGUCCAUACAGAAAUGGUUUGUCGAGAUCAGUGUGGAAGAACUUGCCUGGCCUGCACAGAGCCCUGACCUCAACCCCAUCUAACACCUUUGGGAUGAAUUGGAACGCCAACUGCGAGCCAGGCCUAAUCGCCCAACCUGAGUGCCCUACCUCACUAAUGCUCUUGUGGCUGAAUGGAAGCAAGUCCCCACAGCAAUGUUCCAACAUCUAGUGGAAAGCCUUUCCAGAAGAGCGGAGGCUGUUAUAGCAGCAAAAGGGGCACCAACUCCAUAUUAAUGCCCAUAAUUUUGGAAUGAGAUGAUCGACGAGCAGGUGUCCACAUACUUUUGGUAUAGUGUUUUCUGUUACUCAGGUUCGAUUUGUGUUACAGUGCUUAAGGUUAUGAUUCAGAGAGUGUAUACUGAUCCUAGAUCAGUGCUCACAGGCCAACUUCUAGGCACAGUUUUCUCUGAUAUUCAGCUCAGUGACAGGUCUUAUUCUGACAUCUAGUCAGUCAGACACUGGGCUAAGUUUGACAGACUCCCUUUGAAGUUAAACCACACCAGCCAGACCCCAGGCACUCUCUCACUCCCCAUCUCUCUUUGACUUCAUUGUAAUGGGCAUGGUGUGUUCCUUCCCCUGCAGAUGGAGAUGUAUGUUUAGUCUCUCUCUCUCUCUCUCUCUCUCUCUCUCUCUCUCUCUCUCUGUCUCGCUCUCUCCCUCUCUCGCGUCUCUCGUCGCGCAUCCUCUUCUCGGCUCUCUCGCGCUCUCUCAUCUCUCCUCUCAUAUCUCUCCUCUCCUCUCUGCGCUCCUCUCUCAGCCCCCUCUCAUCUCUCUCUCUCGCGUCUCUCUCUCUCCCUCCUCUCUCUCUCAGCUCUCUCUCGCCUCGCCGCUCCUCGCUCCUCUCCUCCGCCCUCUCUCUCUCUCCCUCUCUCUCGCUCGCUUCUCUCUCUCGCCUCUCGCGCCUCUCUCCCCGCAUUGGUGAAUGAAGUUAGUUUUUCCACACAUCCUAACUGCCCUCAGCUGUGGUACAGGGGAUGGCCAGCCAUCAGCUGUGGCUGCCGGCAGGAAACUCUACUUUUCUCUAUCCAGAUGAGGUAGAGCAGCUUUAUGUAACUCUAAACCACCGAAUGUUGAUCUGGCGUCCGUCUGCCGAUCGUUCAGCGCGCUGUUUUAGGGACCAGCUGCUGUAGACGCCUGACUGCCGACAUUGUUCACGCGAUUCUACAUGUCAAAUCGGUGUGCAAUCGGUUCUCAAAUGACGUUCAGAGGUGCUCAGUACUGGUGUGUCUGAGCCCACAGUUUCGUGAGAAAAAUGGGCCACCAUCGUAAGGUUAGGAUAAGGAGAUGCACACUGAGAACCAAGAUUGACAUUCAACAAUAUAUCAAUAUUUUACUCAUUCCAGUGUUUCCCCUAGAGUGGUUCGAUUUAGGCUCACAAAGCAAACAUCAUCCAAGGUUGUCACUACUCUAGACAGAGUGCUUCACAAUUAGGCUGGGAAGUUUGAAUUCUACCAUGGGUCUUUGUAGAAGCGAUUAUUCAUGUUUUGUGUUAGGCCUAUGUUCAGGGUUUGUCGGUCUGUUCCAAGUAGGCCUAGUGUUUGAAUGAAUGGGACCAUGUGCUCCAUGCAGCUAAAAUAACAACUGUUUCUCAUCUACAGCUAUACAACCAGGAAACGGUGGAUCCAAUCCUGCUAGCUGGCAUUCUUUCCCAACAAGAACUCGCUUUGAAGUUAAACAAACACAAAAGUGACAGGUCAAACUUGUCGAGGAGGGAAGUAAAAUAGAGAGACAGGGAGAGAGAAAGAGACGGGAAAAAGAGAGAGAGAAUAGAGAGAGAGAGAAGAGAGAGAGACGAGAGAGAAGAGAGACCGAGAGAGAGAGAGAGACAGAGAGAGAGCGAGAGAGAGAGAGAGGGUGGGAGGGGGGUUAGAGAGAAAGCAGGGGGAGAGUGUGAGUAAAACGAUAAAGAGAGAGAGGGAUAGAGAGAGAAGAGGGGAGUGGGGGGGUUGAGAGAAGAGAGAACAAAUAGAGAGAGAGAGAGAACAAGAUAGAGAGAGAGAGAAGAGAGAGGAAGAGAGGAGAGAGAGAGAUAGAGAGAAGAGAGAGAGAGAGAGAGAGGAGAGAGAACACGAGAAGAGCGAGAGAGAGAGCGAGAGAGAGAUAGAGAUGACGAGAUAGAGCGAUUGAGGGGAGAGCAGAUUGAGGGUGAGAGAGAGAUUGAGGGGGCGAGAAAGAUUGGGAGGGGACGCGCGGAGAUUGAGGGAGGACGAUCGCGAUAUUGAGGGGGAGAGAGAGAUUGAGUGAGAGAGAGCGGAGCUGAGUAGGAAAGAAAGAAUGCGCAAAACACAGUAAAAAAAGCAGUGUAUCCUAGCAACAAGACUGCGUAGUAUUAGAACCUGCUAGCGCUGCAGUAUCCUUCCUCUUUGCUCUGAGAUCGGCAACCUUGAGCCCCCUCGCCCCCACCCCAGACCCCCUGCUAGUACCAGCCCCCGUCAGACCCCCAAGGGUAACUUUCAUCCCGCUUCCGUUUAGAUUUUGAGAUUUUACACCCCAUGGAGUAGCCUGUGGCGUCCCUCACUAGGGUACUAGUCUACCAAUAGCUCUUCUUCUAAAGGGAUGCCGUGUUCAUAGCCAGAUAAUAGAUAGUAUACUGUAAGCUAUGCAGCAGUACGUGCCGUGUAUAUUAAAGAGUAUGUGAAGAUCUAGCUUGUCUAAUCGUCCGAACAUAGAGCUGAAACCCCCAGACAUGUCUUAGCUACAUUGUCUCAGCAGAGAAGAAAACAUGAAUGGUUUUAAUCUCCUUACAUUGAUGUCCCGUGAGCUGAUUGGCUGGAGAUAGUUUCCAAAAAACACGUUUUGCUCACGUUCUUCUCAUCGUAUCUAUUCCAGAACCAGGAAGAACAGGAAUAUGGAAGAUGGCUGUCGAACGUUGGAUCUUUUGUGGAAGAGGCAAGGAAUCAAGGAUGCAAGGAUGCAAGAAAAUACUUUAAAGAUUCACCCAAUCAUUAGAUCAGUCAGGGAGAUUGUAUUGUAGUAGGCCACAGUGGUGGUCUGAUCAUCAUAAUUGAUCAUCAUCAUUGUUACCAUCAGACAGAGAGAUCAGAGUUGUGAGAGAAACGCUCUAGGAAUCUUUCACCAAAUGUACUGUAAGGUAAAAUGAUCCAUGUAUCUUUAUUUUCCCAUGUAGGCUUAGCCUUACAACAAGAUGAAAGCCAAUGUGAGUCCAAAUCUACUGAGCUCCCGAAACAGAGACAGAAACAGAGAUCUGUGUGUGUGUGCAUGCAUGCGUGUGUGAUCUAAAUUAGAUAUUGUUUAGAGACCAAAGAGGAUCUCUCUCUAAUUGGCAGAUAGAUGUGUCAUCUCCUUUCAGUGUUAGGAGAUGACCCUAUACUGAGAAGAACUCUGCACCACAACUGGACACACCUACUCAUUCAAGGGUUUUUCUUUAUUUGUACUAUUUUCUACAUUGUAGAAUAAUAGUGAAGACAUCAAAAUUAUCACAUGGAAUCUUGUAGUAAUCAAAAAAGUGUUAAACAAAUCAAAAUAUAUUUUAUAUUUGAGAUUCUUCAAAGUAGCCACCCUUUGCCUUGAUGACAGCUUUGCACACUCUUGGCAUUCUCUCAACCAACUUCAUGAGGUAGUCACCUGGAAUGCAUUUCAAUUAACCGGUGUGCCAGGAGGUUGGCUGUCUAGCGUUGCCUUCUAGCAUGGGGGCCUAGGCAAGCAUGGGGCCUAGUGUUUAAGCUAGUUGGAGAUUGUAGUUAAUACAUAAAAUAGCUUACAGCUGUAGGCCUAACCAUGUGGUCAGCUGUGGACCUAACUAUUCAGAGAAACAGCCUUUUCAUAUGAUCCAUUCCAGGCAUUUUGUAUUAUGGCUUUCCCCUAUAAGCUCUUUACAAUGUCCAUGGAGACUAAAUCACUGGGGGUAGAAACAGCCUGUUCUCUUUAUACUCUAAAUGCAUUUUGAUUUUGAUCAUAUCAUCCUGUAAGCUGGCACAGGUGAGAGUAGUGUACACAUGUCACGAUCGUUAGACGGAGUAGACCAAGGCGCAGCGUGAUGAACGAACAUAUUACUUUAUUUAAUGAAUACACGAUAAACAAAAACAACAAACGAUGACGUGACGUCCUAGGUUAACAACCAACACGGAACAAACCAAACGGAACAAGAUCCCACAACUAUUGUGGGGAAACAGCCUGUAUAAAUAUGGCUCCCAAUCAGAGACAACCAGCAACAGCUGACACUCGUUGCCUCUGAUUGGGAACCACUCUGGCCAACAUAGAAUACAAAUACAUAGAAUAUACAACACAGAACUAGAUCACAUAGAAUUUACACACCCUGGCUCAACAUAUAGAGUCCCCAGAGCCAGGGUGUGACAGUACCCCCAAAGGCGCGGACUGCGACCGCGCCUCAACAUAAACCAAACAGGGGAGGGCUGGGUGGGCAUUCCUCCUCGGAGGCGGUUCCGGCUCCGGGCUAGACCACCACCCUCCAAUAAUCCCCCCGUAGCGCCCCUGGUCCGGUCUGGCCCCGCUGGCUGGAGCUGAACUGGACAUAGUAGGAGCGGAUAGCUUCAGCUCCGGUGUGGAGCAGCUGACCGGUACCUGACCAGGCACCGGUGACCCAGGCACGGGUUGUGCCGGACUGACGACGCACACCCCUGGCUUGGUGCGUGGAGCAGGAACGGGCCGGACCGGGCUGACGAUGCGCACCCCUGGCUUGGUGCGUGGAGCCGGAACGGGCCGGACCGGGCUGACGAUGCGCACCCCUGGCUUGGUGCGUGGAGCAGGAACGGGCCGGACCGGGCUGACGAUGCGCACCCCUGGCUUGGUGCGUGGAGCAGGAACGGGCCGGACCGGGCUGACGAUGCGCACCCCUGGCUUGGUGCGUGGAGCAGGAACGGGCCGGACCGGGCUGACGACUCGCACCCCUGGCUUGGUGCGAGUGGCAGGAACAGGCCGGGCCGAGCUGGCGACGCGCACCGUAGGCUUGGUGCGAGUGGCAGGAACAGACCGGGCCGGGCUGACGAUGCGCACCCCUGGCUUGUUGCGUGGAGCAGGAACGGGCCGGACCGGGCUGACGACUCGCACCGUAGGCUUGGUGUGUGAAGCAGGAACGGGCCGGACCGGGCUGACGACGCACACCGUAGGCUUGGUGCGAGGAGCAGGAACAGGCCGGGCCGGGCUGACGACUCGCACCGUAGGCUUGGUGUGUGGAGCAGGAACGGGCCGGACCGGGCUGACGAUGCGCACCCCUGGCUUGGUGCGUGGAGCAGGAACGGGCCGGACCGGGCUGACGAUGCGCACCCCUGGCUUGGUGCGUGGAGCAGGAACGGGCUGGACCGGGCUGACGACACACACCGUAGGCUUGGUGCGAGGAGCAGGAACAGGCCGGGCCGGGCUGACGACUCGCACCGUAGGCUUGGUGCGAGGGGCAGGAACAGGCCGGGCCGGGCUGGCGACGCGCACCGUAGGCUUGGUGCGAGGAGCAGGAACAGGCCGGGCCGGGCUGGCGACGCACACCGUAGGCUUGGUGCGAGGAACAGGAACAGGCCGGACCGUACUGGGAACACACACCACUGGCCUUAAACGGGGAUCAGGAACGGGCCGGACCGGACUGGCAAUACACCUCAGUACCUCUCGCCGUGCCUCUACAACUUCCUUCCCUCCUCUCACCAAUGGCUCCCGUAACCCGGUGGCCUUCUCUCCUCGUCUCCCAUUUCGCCCUGUGGCAGCCUCCUGCUGCCCAGUCGCCCAUGCCGUGUGCCCCCGCCUAAAAAAUUUCUGGGGUUGCCUCUCGUCCGUCCGACGGCGCCACUGUUGACGCCGUUGCUCCUCUCUCGCCAGGGCCUUAAUCUUAGCCCAUGGCCCUUUGCCCCCGAGCAUGUCCUCCCAGGACCACGAUUUGCCCACCUGGGCCAUCGCCAACCUCUCCAGCUCCUUUCCCGGCGCUUCCUCCCAUGUCCAGGCCACCUGCUCCUGGACACGCUGCUUGGUCCUGGUAUGGUGGGAUCUUCUGUCACGAUCGUUAGAGAGAGUGGACCAAGGCGCAGCGUGAUGAACGAACAUAUUACUUUAUUUAAUGAAUACACGAUAAACAAAAACAACAAACGAUGACGUGACGUCCUAGGUUAACAACCAACACGGAACAAACCAAACGGAACAAGAUCCCACAACUAUUGUGGGGAAACAGCCUGUAUAAAUAUGGCUCCCAAUCAGAGACAACCAGCAACAGCUGACACUCGUUGCCUCUUGAUUGGGAACCACUCUGGCCAACAUAGAAUACAAAUACAUAGAAUAUACAACACAGAACUAGAUCACAUAGAAUUUACACACCCUGGCUCAACAUAUAGAGUCCCCAGAGCCAGGGUGUGACAACACAGUGACCUUAAUAUCUCCAUGUCUGAUGUAGGCUUCGCUGUUGGGACUGUCUUCAGAUUGUCUGUCUCUGUGUGUGUGUGUGUGUGUGUGUGUGUGUGUGUGUGUGUGUGUGUGUGUGUGUGUGCGUGUGUAUGUGUGUGUGCAAACCAACUACAAUUCUGAGAAGUGUGGACAUUUUGCCGGUCCUCACUUAUAAAAAGGCUAUUUUAGGCUUAGGGGUUACGUUAAGGGUUAGGGUUAGAAUUAGGGUUAGGGGUUACGUUAAGGGUUAGGGUUAGAAUUAGGGUUAGGGGUUAGAAGUAACGGUGUGUGGGAAAAUCACUAGGGAAGCCAGUGACUGUGAUAUAUAGUCCUAAAGGCCGAGACAAUAAGAAGACACAGUGGCAGAAUAAAUUCAACCACACCUUUGUUUCAUCACAAAACCGGAGAGCAACCUCUGUCCGGUGAAGUCCACAAAGCAUAUUGCAAGUAACAAACAGCAUGGUCAAGCAAGUUAAUGUUUUCAACAUUUUCGACCACUAAACAACAAGGAGAGUUACCGCAAGUCGCAAAGAAAACAGAAGCUGCCUCCACUAUCCCAGCACCAUUUUAAACAUCAAAUCACCUAUGCUUAGUCUAAUACAUUGACAACUAAAAUAUACCAAAAACAAUUUAGUCCAAUCAACGUCAGCUAAAUAUGAUGUGGCUGUCCAUGUUUCUGAUGUGUGUGUGUGUGUGCGAUCGGGCAAGUAGAAAAAACAUGUUGACUCACCCUACUUGUAGAGAAACAACAAUGCCAUCCUCCUCUCUUUCAUGUUGAUGAAACGGUCUAUCGCUCUGUCAUAUAGUACACACUUUAAUGUUUUGUUGUCUCAGGCUACCUGGCUAAAAUGCUUGCUCACUAGCCUAACUUCCUUUCAUGGGCAACGUGAACAUUAGGGCUAGUUAACAUUAGCCUUCUCCAUCUAGCUACAUAUUGAACUUCCAUCCUCUCAGGCCAGGGGGCACAAUGUAUGAAUCAAUGAUUGGAUCAGAAUCGCCGUUGUAAUCAUUGGCCAGUACAGAGAAUUAAGUAAAACCACAAGCCCAAAUCCCUCUCUCUAUCCAUGGCUAAUUUAGGAAAGGGCCAAUUUUAGCUAGCUAGCUAGCCACCGGAGAACAACAACACAACAAGAUGCAACAAUUCAAGUUGUUUCUGUCAAUGACGUAAUGCUCUCAAUGCGAUUUGAUAGGAGUGACGCCAAAUCCAAGCUGGCUUCUCUUAACACUUUCUGUUGGUGCGCCAGGACCAAUCACAGUUGGCGCGCCUGGACCAAUCACAGUUGGUGCGCCAGGACCAAUCACAGUUGGUGCGCCUGGACCAAUCACAGUUGGUGCGUCAGGACCAAUCACAGUUGGUGCGCCUGGACCAAUCACAGUUGGUGCGCCUGGACCAAUCACAGUUGGUGCGCCAGGACCAAUCACAGUUGGUGCGCCAGGACCAAUCACAGUUGGCGCGCCUGGACCAAUCACAGUUGGUGCGCCUGGACCAAUCACAGUUGGUGCGCCUGGACCAAUCACAGUUGGUGCGCCUGGACCAAUCACAGUUGGCGCGCCUGGACCAAUCACAGUUGGCGCGCCAGGACCAAUCACAGUUGGUGCGCCUGGACCAAUCACAGUUGGUGCGCCAGGACCAAUCACAGUUGGUGUGCCAGGACCAAUCACAGUUGGUGCACCUGGACCAAUCACAGUUGGUGCGCCUGGACCAAUCACAGUUGGCGCGCCAGGACCAAUCACAGUUGGUGCGCCAGGACCAAUCACAGUUGGUGCGCCUGGACCAAUCACAGUUGGUGCGCCUGGACCAAUCACAGUUGGCGCGCCUGGACCAAUCACAGUUGGCGCGCCAGGACCAAUCACAGUUGGUGCGCCAGGACCAAUCACAGUUGGUGCGCCAGGACCAAUCACAGUUGGUGCGCCUGGACCAAUCACAGUUGGCGCGCCAGGACCAAUCACAGUUGGUGCGCCAGGACCAAUCACAGUUGGUGCGCCUGGACCAAUCACAGUUGGUGCGCCAGGACCAAUCACAGUUGAGCUCACUCAGUUUAGCUAUUAUUUUAUACUUUGUUUUUAUCAAGGGAGGCCAAAUGCACGCUGGCUUCCCUUGCAUUCAAUGCUACGGGCGGCAACAAGACAGACAGCAUCAGAUAGACGGCCUACACAUACAGAGACAGAGAGCCGCUGUUCACUCGCUCAGAUGCUUUCUCCGCUGAGAUACAUUCAGCCUCUUAAGAAUUUAAGGAACAUUAUGAAACACCGAUAGACGAACGAUAAAUAAUUAGAUAUGUUGUUUUCUUGUUUUCUUGGUCAAUUUUUGGUGGAAGCCUGGCUUCCCUUGGCAUCCAUGAAAAAACGCCACUCACAAGACUCAUCUGAAGGUCCCCCGGUACCAGUUUAAAAAUGAAUGGAAGUAUAUAUGGAGACUGUUUAGUGUCAAAAAUAAGGGGUUAAAUACAUGUCAAAACAAAUAAUACAUGUUUCCUGAUCUUUCUUAUAUCUCUCCGAUAUAGGCACUUCAGAACAAACUUCCUUUAAAAAAAUGUGGGGGACUAUCUGUUGUUCUAUGUAGUGAAUCUGUUAUUCAAUGCGUUUGUAUGGGCUAAUAGCAGGGCUAAUAGCAGUAAGACCAAAUAGAAUGUUUCAUCAAAUAUGUUUUAUUUAUGUAUUUUUUAUACUUCAAGGUGUCUUAAAAUUCUAAAUCAAAUAGCUAAAUGAUCAUUGGUAUGACCUUCUUAAAACAAUUCCAUAUAGCUUAGUAUAGUUCUCUGGGGAAGGCUGUGUGUGAGUGCUGCUGAGAGACAGAGUUCUCUGGGGAAGGCUGUGUGUGAGUGUUUGCUGAGAGACAUUUUGGGAAGGCUGGUGAUGUGGUUUUGCUGAGGACAGAUUCUCUGGGGAAGGCUGUGUGUGGUGUUUGCUGGAGCAGAUUCUUUGGAAGGUGUGUGUGAGUGUUUGCUGAGAGACAGAUUUUUCUGGAAGGCUUUGUGUGAGUGUUUGCUGAGGACAGAUUUCUCUGGGGAAGGCUGUUGUGGUGAUUGCUGAGAGACAGAUUUUUCUGGGGAAGGCAUUUGUGAGUGUUUGCUGACAGACAGAUUUUUCUGGAAGGCUGUGUGUGACGUUUGCUGAGAGACAGAUUCUCUGGGAAGGCUGUGUGUGAGUGUUUGCUGAGAGACAGAUUUUCUGGAGGCUGUUGGAGUGUUUGCUGAGAGACAAUUUCUCUGGGGAAGCGUGUGAGUGUUUUGAGAGACGAUUUUUCUGGGAGGCUUGUGUGAGUGUUUGCUGAGAGACAGAUUUUCUGGGGAAGGCUGGUGUGAGUGUUGCCUGAGAGACAGAUUUUUCUGGGGAGCUAUGUGAGUGUUGCUGAGAGACAGAUUUUCUGGGGAAGGCUGUUGUGAGUGAUGUGGAGACAGAUUUUCUGGGGAAGGCUGUGUUGAGUGUUGCUGAGAGACAAUUUGGAAGGGUGUGUGAGUGUUGCUGAGAGACAGAUUUUCUGGGAAAGGUGUGUGGAGUGUUUGCUGAGAGACAGAUUUCUCUGGAAGGCUUGUGUUAGUGCUUGCUAGAGACAAUUUUUUCUGGGGAGCUGUGUUGGUGUUUGCUGAAGACAGAUUGUUUUCGGAAGGCUGUGUGUGAGUGUUUGCUGAGAACAGAUUCUGGGGAAGGUGGUGUAUGUGCGAGAAUAGAUGUUUCAUCGGGAAGGCUUGUGUGUGAGUGUUUGCUGAGAGACAGAUUUUUCUGGGGAAGGUGUUGUGAAUGUUGCUGAAGACAAUUUCUGGGGAAGGCUGUUGUGUGAGUGUUUGUGAGAGACAGAUUCUUUCUGGGGAGGCGUGUGUGAGUGUGCUGAAGACAGAUUUUCUGGGGAAGGCUGUGUGUGAGGUUGUGCUGAGAGACAGAUUUCUCUGGGGAAGGCUGUGUGUGAGUGUUUGCUGAGAGACAGAUUUUUCUGGGGAAGGCUGUGAGUGUUUGCUGAGAGACAGAUUUUUCUGGGGAAGGCUUUGUGUGAGUGUUUGCUGAGAGACAGAUUUCUCUGGGGAAGGCUGUGUGUGAGUGUUUGCUGAGAGACAGAUUUUCUGGGGAAGGCUGUGUGUGAGUGUUUGCUGAGAGACAGAUUUUUCUGGGGAAGGCUGUGUGUGAGUGUUUGCUGAGAGACAGAUUUCUCUGGGGAAGGCUGUGUGUGAGUGUUUGCUGAGAGACAGAUUUUUCUGGGGAAGGCUGUGUGUGAGUGUUUGCUGAGAGACAGAUUUCUUUGGGGAAGGCUGUGUGUGAGUGUUUGCUGUGAGACAGAUUUCUUGGGGAAGGCUGUGUGUGAGUGUUUGCUGUGAGACAGAUUUCUCUGGGGAAGGCUGUGUGUGAGUGUUUGCUGUGAGACAGAUUUUUCUGGGGAAGGCUGUGUGUGAGUGUUUGCUGUGAGACAGAUUUUUCUGGGGAAGGCUGUGUGUGUUUGCUGAGGGCCUGAGGCUGCUCGUCUCUGCUCUGAGCUGCAAUCUGAAUGGCCUGUAAAACUAUCAUACAUCCAGAGGGAUAGAGGGAUGACUGAAAGGGAUGACUGAUAAAGGGAUGACUGAUGAAGGGAUGACUGAUGAAGGGAUGACUGAUAAAGGGAUGACUGAUAAGGGAUUACUGAUAAAGGGAUGACUGAUAAAGAGAUGACUACUUGAUGUACUGGAGAAGACAAACCCUUUCACCUGGAUUCCUGAGCUUGGUUUUCUGAGCAGGCAGUGGACAGGCACUCUGUGUGAAGAUCCUGGCGCAUCCACAGCGUUUAAAGUCCCUCUUCUCUCCUCUGCUUUGUCUGGAGAACAAUACCCCCAGCCAGAUGGCCAAGCAUUCCCAAGGCAGAGGGGGUAGACACUAUGAACCCAGCAACCCCACAAACUCUUAUAAGACCCCCACCAGGGGAGCAAUAAGUCUGGAAGCCAGGCUAGGGCCGGCUCAAAUCAAAACAGAAUGCCAGUGCUUUUGCUUUCCAAGUUGCAGAAACAGGCCUAAUCCAUUGUUGGAACUCCUGGAACAAGUCAGAGAGAAGAGAUCCCCACUCCAAACCCUGACCCUUCUCCACCCAAAACCCAACUUCCUUAAUCUCAUUAUGUAAUACAAGGGGAGUUAUAGUCAGAGAGAAAUGUCUGACUUAAGGUCUGACUCAACUCAAAUGAAAACAGAAAGUGUUUCCAGAACGUUCCAGAGUCUACUCUUGGCACCUGGGAGAACGAGAGCCGGCUGCAGAGCAGCAAGAGGAAAUGA